UCGCACACCUCCCCUCUGUUUUCUUCUUCUUUCUCAUUUCUCAAUUGAGAAGAAAAACCUCACCUUGUUCUCCUUCUUCUCUUUUCAAUUUGGUUCAGAUCCAUCUUCUCAAACUUCUCCAACAAUGAGACGAAGAUUCAACAGUUACAAAGAUGAAGAAAACAAUAAACAAAAACACCAAACUCAAAAAUAUUCGAACUCUUCUUCUUCACAUAAAAGAAUCUUCGCAUUUUGCUUAGCAUUUCGAAUUCUGAAUUCAAUUUUAGUUCAGAGUUACUUCAAUCCAGAUGAACAUUGGCAAGGUCCCGAGGUUGCGCAUCGCAUCGCAUUCGGGUAUGGUCACUUAACAUGGGAAUGGAAACAGGGUAUCCGAAGCUACUUCCAUCCAUUUCUCUUUGUUCCUCUUUACAAAUUUCUAGCGCUAAUGCGUCUCGAUACUCCUUGGUUUAUGAUGAGGGCUCCAAGGUUACUGCAGUCUGUGUUCUCUGCUGUUGGUGAUUUGUACUUGUACAAACUCUCUGCAGUUCUCUUUGGUGAAUCCGUUGCAAAAUGGACACUUUUUUCCCAGUUGUCAAAUUGGUUUGUGUUUUAUUGUUUUACUCGUACACUAUCGAAUAGCUUGGAGACUGUUCUUACACUGGUGUCUUUAUAUUUUUGGCCCUGUAUGAGAUCUUCUUCGGAUAAAAGUUCCUAUGUUUCAAGGAAGUGGGGUUUACUUGUGGCAGCAUUAGCUUGUGCUAUUCGGCCAACAAGUGCAAUCACAUGGAUGUAUGUUGGCUUUCUCGAGCUUUAUAAUGCACGUGACAGACUGAAGUUUGUUUUUUUGGAGGUGGCUCCUAUUGGGACCCUGGUGCUUGGCCUUACCUGCUUAUUAGAUCGUUUUAUGUAUGGCUCAUGGAUUCUAGUACCACUUAAUUUUCUAAAAUUCAAUUUUCUUUCCUCGGGCGGAGACUAUUAUGGAACUCACCCAUGGCACUGGUACUUCACUCAGGGAUUUACGGUCAUGAUCUUUUCUCAUAUACCAUUUUGUAUAGCCGGUAUCAUUUAUUCCAAACAGUGGAAGUUUUCUGGCCUCCUUGCAUGGGUAUUGUGUUUCUACAGCAUAUUAGGCCACAAGGAAUUCAGGUUUGUCUUGCCAGUUCUUCCGAUAGCUCUGAUGUUCUCUGGUUAUUCUUUGGCUGUGAUUGACGAUCCCGGUGUCGGAUCCCCAGAGUAUAAAAGAAAAGAGUUUUCAAAAAACCAUAACAAAUGUUCUCCCAAGAUGACAGUUGCUAUCUUAUUUUUGCUUGCUACCAAUAUACCAAUGGCUUUGUAUAUGAGUUUGGUUCAUCAGAGAGGACCUGAGGAUGUCAUGUACCACCUUGCUAGCGAAGCUACUCAAGGGAAUGUGAAAAGUAUCCUAUUCCUAACACCUUGCCAUGCUACUCCAUACUAUUCUAUGCUGCAUCAUAACCUGCCAAUGCAAUUUCUUGACUGCACGCCAAGUGACGAGAAAGGAGUCCUAGAUGAGUCUGACCGCUAUAUGAUGGACCCUGUUUCUUUUAUGUCAAAAUAUGCAAAAGAUUGGUCUCAUCCCAGCCACAUUGUUUUGUUUGAUUCAGAAGAGCAAAAGUUGAGAAGCUUUUUAAUUUCAUUUGAUUAUAGAGAGGGAAACAGAUUUUUUAAUGCUCACUUCAAGGUAGAUCGUGAUCUUCAAGCUUCAAUUGUUGUAUAUGUUAGAACAAGAUAGCAUUAGCAGACCUUGACUGCAUGGGUAUUGUUAAAUGUGGUAAUUUCAAAUGUCUCUGAAAUGACUUUGUGGUGUCUAUUUUUUGUAUUGCUUACCAGAAAAUUUUGCAGUGGACAGCUUGUAAAUGUUUAUGUAAGAGUAUAAUUUUAGAGAUCUACAUUCUCUUUAAGAAAGAUGACCCACAUCUCUCAAGGUCGUUUUC